GGAGACGCUGCUAGGAACAUAUCAGAAAGGUAGCUAGGAAAGUCAGUUAGUUCCUCUGAAUAAAUAUUAGCUCUUCGUGUCGUGACAUCGCAUUUGAAGAGACACGAGCCGUAGGACGAUCAAAAGACGUUUGUUAUUUUUUUUUUUAAGUUGGAACAAUGUUAUCAAAUAACGGUUGUUUGUAAAUAUGUUGUAACCCUGCUUCCACCUAGCUCUUGCUGGUUAGCCGCACUCUACUAACUGAAUGCACCGGCCUCUGACAGAUGACUAACAACGGUUUCUAUGGAUAGACGAUUAUUAAUGCGAGAUUUUAGAGCGUUGCCAAACACAGGUUCGUCUUCGAAGAGGUUCAACCGUCCCAACGGCUGCAAUGGACAACGCCAAAACACUCAGCCUUGAUGAGGAUGAAGAGCUCCUCUUCACAGAUCCAGAGAGUAAAGAGAAGAACAAAGACAAAAAGCUCGUGUGCAAAGUGAAAUGGUCCCGAGAUGAGGACGACAAACUGAAAAAGCUUGUCAACCAACAUGGAACCGAAUCCUGGAAGUUAAUAGCCACCUUUUUCCCAGGGAGGACAGAUGGUCAGUGUCAGCACCGCUGGCAGAAGGUGCUCAAUCCAGAGCUGGUAAAAGGACCCUGGACAAAAGAAGAGGAUCAAAAGGUCAUCGACCUGGUGCACAAAUAUGGUCCGAAGAGAUGGUCAGUCAUUGCAAAGCACCUGCAAGGGAGGAUUGGCAAACAGUGCCGUGAACGUUGGCACAACCACCUGAACCCGGAGGUGAAGAAGUCUUCUUGGACUCAGGAGGAGGAUCGCAUCAUCUAUGAAGCCCACAAACGGCUCGGGAACCGCUGGGCAGAGAUUUCUAAGCUGCUUCCUGGACGUACGGACAACUCCAUCAAGAACCACUGGAAUUCCACCAUGAGGAGGAAAGUGGAGCAGGAGGGUUACCUGCAAGAUGGCUGCAAGACCUUCAGCUCCUCUGGCAAUGGGAAAAGGCGUAACGGCAGAUCCGGUCCUCAGACUGAGCCCCAGCAUUGUGUUCACUCUCCCCUGCCUGCGGCAGCUCCUAACCAGGUGGGUAGUUUUUCCUACGAUCCUGUCAGCAGACACAUGGACGACCUUCCUAAAAAUUCCUGCUACAUAUCAUCAUCCGGCCUGGAUGAUCCUGAGAGAGAACAGAGAAUUAAGGAGCUUGAGCUGCUGCUUAUGUCAGCAGAGAGGGAAGUCCAGCCACAAUUGCAGUGCAGAGGUUCACGUAGUGUGGAGCCAUAUCCAUCAUGGUCAGAUAGUCUGUCUGAGGACUCGAUGACCACAAGCAGCAGCAGUUUGGAGGAGCAGCCAGACAAAGGGUCCUGGAGAGGUCCGGUGGUCCCAGCUGCCCCUCCUAAACAGCGUCCAGUCUCUCCAAGCAAGUUCCUGUCGGCAGAGGCCAGCGCUGUGCUCUCCAGCCUUCAGACCAUUCCAGAGUUUGCAGAGACCAUGGAGCUCCUUGAUUCAGACACUGGAACAUGGAGCAAUGUUGCCAAUUUUGAUCUUUCAAAAACAUCACCUCCCAGACACAACCAAGAAGGUUUCGCUGAUCUCUUACCAGAGAGGACAGUUUACAACCAAGUAGACUACUGUGUCAACAAUCCCACUACCAUCCCAGGCCAUCAUGGGAAUUGUGCACCAUAUGGUUUGUUGGCUGGUUCCUCACAGACACCUAUCAACCCCUUUAAACCUGACAAGGACUUAUCCAGUGGGAAGAAUAAAAAGAGAAACAGGGGAGAACCUCUUUGUUCUUCCUUCUUGGAAAAUAUCUCAAACUCUCCCAAGAAAACUCCCCCAAAGUCACAUCCAUUCACCCCUUCAGGAUGCUUCAACAUAUCAUUGACGGAGCAUCUGAGUCUGGUUGAUCCGACCUUUACCUCCACUCCUGUGUGCGGUCAAAGGGGCCUUCUCAGCACGCCUCUCCUCAAGGAAAACACACCCAAACAGAAAGAGAAUGAUGGUUCCAGGACACCUAAAUUGCGUAAAAAUAUUGCAGUCCCAACCCCAAGGACACCUACACCCUUCAAAAAAGCUCUGGCUGCCCAGGAGAAAAUGCACGGGCCAGUGAAGAUGGAGCCACAGCCUUUGGCGUUUCUGGAAGAGGACAUUCUAGAAGUCAUGAAGCAGGAGACAGGAAGAGAUGUCUUCAACAAAGACCACAGAGCAUGGAAACAUAAUAUGGACGGUCCAGCCAGGAAAGUGCGCAAGUCUCUUGUACUGGACCCUUGGGUUAAAGACAAUCUUGAUGUCCAAGUCUUCCAAGAUCAACUCAACGAUGCACAGGUUUCAGAAGAAAGUCUGAUGACAAACUCUUUGCUGGUCAUCCCCAUCAGUGAGGAAGAGGAGGUUAGGCAGUCAACCUCGAAGAAAGACGAGUCCUUAUUAGAAGUUGAUAGCCAUGGCCACUGCUUCCCCAGGCCUGAGAUGAAGAAAGUGCCGUCUUUACCCAAAGCACCAAAAUCACCCCCGGCAAUGCUCAGCGAAUGGGAAGCUGUUGUUUAUGGAAAGACCGAGGACCAGCUCUUCAUGACAGAACAGGCUCGACAGUAUCUGAAUCCGUACCUGACGUCCGGCUCUACCUCAAGGGCCCUCAUCCUUUAAAGCCGUCCUCCUCUCCCAAGCCUCACAAGCAGCACUACAUCUGUCCAACAAUUAAAACUGUCCAAUGAGUCCUGAAGGAGACAAUCCAGUAAAACAGAUCAACACUGCCAGGGAUGAGCUCCCAAAGCCCUGCCUGCUGUCCCUGUUUGUUACACGUUUCUAGGUAACCUAAACUCUUGUCCUUUAUAUUUAUGAUCACCUACAAGAAGAAGGUUUUAGACAAUGUGUAUCAGUAAAAACACAAACUCCCUCAGCUUGUUUUGCUAACCUGCUCUUAUGCAGCCAUUUGAUAAAGAUCACUAGUGCUUCAUUUGUAGACAAUUACUUGCUUAAUAUGGAUGCUAAAACGCACACUACAUUUUUUAUUUACAAGACAACCGAUACAGAAUCUAACAUUCUUUUUAUCUUAAACUAUAAUAAAUUAAAAUGCAGUUGUGUUUUUAUGUAACAGUAAUGGUUUGAGAUGCUAAGCCCAAGCUGAGGAGAGGAUGAAAGUAAAAAAAAACAGUCAAAGUUGCACUACUGAGAGGAUUUUGCUGCUGAAAGUAUGAGCUUAGUUUAUUUUGUUUUUGUUUUUUUAUGAUUAUUUGAAAGGGCAAACUGGAUAGCACUUGUGAUGGUAUCUGUUGAAUAACCCAGUGUUUCCUAACCGAGGCCAUGGAGUACGCGGAGACGUCAUUUGAAUGUAAUUCAUUGCAAUGUACAUGUAAAAGAACCUCAAAAGUGGAAGGGUACCUUUUAUUGUUUAUCUCUAAUUACUUUAUUUAUUUUCUCUUCUGAAGCUUAGAUGUUAAUAUAAUUUGAAUGCCAUGAAGUUUUCUUCUAGUUGUUUUUUGAUUUUUUUUUCAGGAGGGUUUGCUGACAAAAACAGCCUAAAACAAAUUUGCUCUAAGCAUGUCACUGUUUGAAUAAAUGCAAAAAUAAAUCCGCUUUGUCAGAUGUUUCAUUGUGACGACUGAUACUGACGGGUUUCCACAGCACAAACAAUUUGUCUGAAAAGGAUAAAGCUUUUUUUAAUGUGAGGGCUGUAGAUUUUUUAUUUAUUUAAAACUACUAAUUUAUUUAUUUCUUUAAAAAGGGGACCUUUAAGAGAAACUAUUGAAGACUUUUAUUACCUGUUUUAUCUUAAAAAAAAAAAAAAAACAGGACUUGGCUGCCAUUCAGUUUAAUACUUCCAUGGCAAAACAAUUUCUCAAUUUUAUGCUAGUUUAUUUCCCAAUUAAGCUUUUAGAAAAUAAUAAUUCUCUAGUUUGUAUGAUCUUGUAACUUUUAGAUAACAUUUUCCCCCUUUAAAUGAAAUAUGGUUUGCAAUUAGUUAGUAUGACCCCAUCUCUGAAAUCUAAUCAUAGAAAAGUGCACUUUUUAUUUGUAUAAAUGUCAACUUUUGUUUGUUUAUUAUCCCGAUGUAGCUAUUUUUGAAUGUGUGGUUUAGUUUGUACAGAAAGCUGACAUGAAGGAUCUGCUGCUUGGUUUUUUUACCGUUUGUUUCUCCUGUUCGGCUGCAGAAGUGUGUAUUUGAACUACAAUACUUAAAAAGAAACCUUGCAAAAAGCCUUUUAUCCUGCUGACAUUCCCAAACCAACCCUCAUUUCCUCACUUUUUGUUUUUCUGUCCGUGAUCUGUAAUUGCUAUUUGUGUGUUAUGCUCACUUCUGUUUUCCUCAGAAGUAAUGAAUAAUACUAUUAGCAGUAUAAGCCGGCUACUUAUUUAUCUGCAUUUUAAGUGUUGGUGCUUUAAAAGUGCAUAUUUGCAAACAGAAGUUUAUUCUUGCUGGUUUCACUCUGUUUUAUAUUUAUGUCUGCAUAGCAAAUUUGAACUCGUGAACUAUUCUGUUAAAACUGAAGACAAAUUCAGUCCUGAACCAACAUUUUAUCUAUUCCAAGAACAUCGCUGCUCCUGCAAAUAAAAUCAAGCUUCACAAAUUCCCCAAAACUUCACCUUAUUUAAACAACGUCAGUUCUUUAAUAUUAAUUUGCAAUCUUAAGGAAUCCUGCUCCAAACCAAUUAGAUUAUCAUUUUCCUGAUCCGAAAUCUGCUGAUCAGUGAGGUUGUAAAGAAUCAAAAUGCCUCUAAUCUUUGUUAUGUUUUCAUCUGUAUGCAGUGAUAGACAAUGGUACAUUUUUUCCAAAAUUAAUAUUGCAUUUUUCUCUUAGAUUAGAUCUAGCUUGCAUGCAUACAAAAAAAAAGUUAGGCACUAGCCCCCCCAAAUGACAAUUACAGAUCAUGCAUUUAUUUUUUCACACUCUGGGUUAGAAGGGUACAAUCCAGCUGCAAAUAUAAAUAGAUCCAAACUGGUUGUCUUUUAUUAGGUUACCCUUGCGCAUGGCUUUGUAACCAUACUGAAGCUUCAUAUAAUCUCCACUACAGCUCUGAAUCUUGUAUUAUCAGUAUUUAGAGGAUCCGACAUUGCCUCUAAUCUGGAUUAUCCUCCCUCCAAACCCCUAGGUGGGAAUAAGAAGAGAAUCUUGUCAGAGAGAUCAAGGGGAAAGAUCAGGAGAGUUUGAUACAGGUGGCAGAAUGUCAUCCAUGUGAUUUCUCUGAGAUGUGUAUAAUCCAUUUAGCUUUGUGUUCCUGCUGGUUGGUUGAUUUGUGUUGUAAUUUGUACCCAUUCAUUCUAAAUUUUUUUGUUUUUUUAAAGGUAAUUGCCCACCAUGUCAAAUCCGGUUUUGAGAGGGAAAAAAAGGUACAGGCAAAAGAUAGCAGCAGCUGUCGUAUACUACUGUAGCAACAUGCUCGAUGGAUUACGAUUGUUAAACACGUGCUGUUUAAUGUAGCAUUUUGACUUAAAGACGUAACUAAGUUGCCGUAGAUAUCCUGCCAGCUGUCUUUGACCGUGUACUUUGUUUUAUAGAAGAAAAUAAAUAAAUAUGCUC